AUGCGAAGAGAGUUAUUCCUCCGCAUAGUAAAUGCAUUAGAGAAUCAUUCAGCAUUUUUUCAACAAAGGGACGAUGCUGUACGAAGAAAAGGGUUGUCACCACUACAAAAAUGCACCGCUGUGAUUCGUCAACUGGCUUACGGAGUCCCUGUCGAUCAUCUUGACGAGUACCUACGUAUGGGUGAAUCAACUGCUAUCAGGUACUUGAGAAGGCCAAAUGCUGAUGAUGUUCAACGUCUUCUUCAAAUUCAUGAUGAGAGACAUGGCUUUCCUGGCAUGUUAGGUAACCUUGAUUGUAUGCAUUGGAAAUAA